ACUACUGGGGGCUUACUGGGAUGAACUGGGACCAACUGGGAGCUACUGGGAUGAACCGGUUUGAUGUUUUAGUUGUUGCAGUUCCCUCGGUGACCACUGGGGCAGCAGCACCAUUAACCCCAAUGAACUGGGAUCAAACUGGGAUGAAACCAGUUCUUUACUGGUUUAUACUGGUUUGUACUGGUGCAAAUGCAGUGGCUGCUGCGCUACUCGUGCCCAGUGUGCCCCAAGUGCUUCCGGCUGCACUUCACAGUGGGGCUGAGGGAGAGGGGGGUGGGCGCCCUGGGCUGCCCCAGCUGCCGCAGUCCUGACCUGCGCAAAGACACCCAGCACCUCUGGUACUGGUCCACGCUGGAGCCCGCGCUCCGGCGCUGCCUUGACCCCGAAACCUUCGGCCUCGUGACCUGGAAGUUGACGGAGCUGGAGCUGCUGACGGACCCCCAGUUCCUGUGGUGCCCCCAUGUACUGGUUUAUAUUGGUUUAUAGUGGUUUAUACUGGUUUAUACUGGUUUAUACUGGUUUAUACCGG